AUGUCUAAAAUGGGAAGAGAUUUUUGGUCAGCUGAAACUUAUCAGAAAAACGCUGCCUUUGUUCCUGCACUCACGAAAGAAAUCGUUCAAAGACUAGCUUUAACAUCCCAGGAUGUUGUUCUUGACUUGGGAUGCGGUGAUGGUGUCUUAACUCAAAAUCUGGCAUCGCAGUGUAAACACAUUACUGGAAUUGAUUCCAGCCAAUCCAUGAUUCAAUCGGCAAAGCAAAAAGGAUUGGAAGCAUAUGUAGUUGCAGGAGAAAACCUUGCAAGUGCAACUGAAUUUUCAUCGAAAGGGUUUGACGCCGUCUUUAGUAAUGCUGCUUUGCAUUGGAUUUUGCGAAAUCCCAACGAAAGGAGUACUGUUUUUCAGGGUAUAGCUCGUGUCCUUCGUCCCGGUGGUCGCUUUGUUGCUGAAUGCGGAGCUUUUGGUAAUGUUUCAGAAGUAGUAACUAGCAUCUACACUGUACUACUAGACCAUGGAAUCCCUAAAGAGCAGAUUGAUGAAGCUAACCCUUGGUACUUUGGAACUGAACAAGCGUAUACAACAAUGUUAAAGGAAGCUGGGUUUGAAAUCACUUUCACUGAAAAUGUAAAUCGUCCAACUUAUUUAAAUCGCGAUGUUCGCGAUUGGCUAGAUACAUUUGCUCACACUUUUUAUGAUGCAUUUCCUGAUUUGAAGGAAACCCUUCGAGAACGUGUUUAUCAAGCCUUGUUAUGGGUGGACUGCACAGAAACUGGAGACUGGUACUUGCAAUAUCGCCGUUUGCGCUUUGUUGCAAUUAAGAAAUGA